GUUGCAAAGGGUUUGAAAAUUCGCGAGCGCCUCUUCAUGUUUGAAUACACUCGACAACGUUCAUUUCUCUUUCUCUCUCACUCUCUUACUCAAAAUUUUCUUCUUCGUCGUUUCUGAUCGUUGCAACGGUUCACUUCCAAAUCCUUUUUCGCGAAAAUCUCGGAUCUGCAUCUGCAUAUGCAAACUUCGAUCUUUCCAUUUGGAGUGUUCGGUUGAUUCAUGACCAAUAUUGAGAUUCGUUAAUUUACUUUUCUUGAAGACAAGUGUGUGUGAUUUCAGUACCUACUGCCUUCGUGAUGGAGCUAGAGCUAUUUGUUUUCUGUGUUAGUUUUGUUCAGGAGUUUGUUCCCGUGGCUCUUUGGAAAGGGUUAUAAUGCUUUGGGGCAGACGUGUAGGAAUUGGGGUAGACUUUUGUACUUGUGCGCAAACUAACUAUGGACAGUGAACGGAAUAUCCCUCCUCCAUCUCUUGGGCAUGUUGAUGGUGUUCAGAAAGUUAGAGCAUUACAUGGGAGGACGACUGGUCCGACAAGGCGUUCUACAAAAGGGCAAUGGACACCGGAGGAGGAUGAUAUCUUACGGAAGGCUGUUCAGCGGUUUAAAGGAAAAAAUUGGAAAAAAAUAGCGGAGUGUUUCAAGGAUAGAACUGAUGUGCAAUGCCUACAUAGAUGGCAAAAAGUUUUAAAUCCUGAACUUGUUAAAGGUCCAUGGUCUAAAGAGGAAGAUGAAGUUAUUAUUGAAUUGGUGAACAAAUUUGGGCCUAAAAAGUGGUCUUCUAUUGCACAACAUUUACCUGGACGUAUUGGUAAGCAAUGUCGAGAAAGGUGGCAUAAUCAUCUUAAUCCUACUAUAAACAAGGAAGCAUGGACACAAGAAGAGGAGUUGGCUCUAAUACGAGCUCAUCAAAUUUUUGGGAACAAAUGGGCUGAAUUGUCAAAAGUCUUGCCUGGAAGGACAGACAAUGCUAUUAAAAAUCACUGGAACAGUUCUGUCAAAAAGAAAUUGGAUUCUUACUUGGCAUCAGGCUUGCUUACUCAGUUUGAAUCUGUACCACAUGUGGGAAAUUCAAAUCAGCCAACAAAGUUGCAGUGUUUUGCAGAUGAUAAAGGUCCUAUGGGGACUGAAGGGGAGGAAGUUUCAGAGUGCAGCCAGGAGUCAGCUAAUGCUGUUCACUUUCCAUCUGGUAGAGGAGCCAGUAGUGUUGACUUAAAAACUGGAGAGGAAUAUAGGCCAAAUGAAGAAUGUAGUCUCGGAAAGGAUCAUAGUGUGAGUCAACUUCAAGCAUCUUGUUCGGAGCCAUAUUACGUAUCAAUUGAUGAUGUUGCUAUAUGUAUCCCAGAUAAUGCUGACCAAAAGGUUUGCACUUCUCAAUUCAUUGAGCAACAACACUUGCAUGAACCUGGAAAUUCCAUAAGUGGGGAUUGCCAGUUCAAUUUACAUUCCUUACCCAAUAUUUCACCAAUGGACUUGGGACAUGGAUCUGUGCAGUUGCAAAGUGAUUGUAUAGCUUCUAGUGAAAUCUGUGACAUGGUGAAUGUUCCAUUUAAGACUUCAGUGGGGUUUGGUGUUCCAACAUCCAUGGGACCAGCAUCUAUGGAUUCUCUUAAACCGGAGCACAUGUUCAUAUCUGAUGAUGAAUGUUGCAGAGUCCUUUUUUCAGACACAAUGAAUGAUGGAUGUUUUUCAUCAGGAGAUUACAAUAAAGGAGAGGAUAUGGUUGAAUUUUCUGGAUGCACUUCAUUUCUUUGUCAACCAUCAAAUAUCCAGAUAUCUGAAAGUGGUGGAACCUCAACUCCAGAGCUAACUUGUCAUCGGUGUUCUAAUAAUUUUAAAGGAACUUCAUCCUCCCAAUCUGUUCCCCCAGUACUUUCUGCUAGUGAUGGUAGGCUAGUGUCUACUGCCAAUGACAAUCAAUCAUACGGGCCUGAGGAUAACCAGUUUGUCUACAGAGUGCCUGCUAACUUCACUCAUGUCAAUGACAUAUCCAUUUCUCCUUGUAUUGAUGAAAUAGAUAGUGCAGUGAUGCAAGAGCAACGUAAUAUUCCAAAGGGUACUUCAAAAUUUAUUCCUGCAAGUAGUUUUAGCUGUGGAUCAGAUGCUAAACAAACAUGUAAUCCAACGGAUGAAAAAACAAAUGUUAAUACAGAAAAGGAAACAGGAUCUCUAUGUUAUGAGCCUCCCCGUUUUCCAAGCUUGGAUAUUCCUUUCUUCAGCUGCGAUCUUGCACAAUCUGGGAGUGAUAUGCAGCAAGAGUUUAGUCCUUUGGGUAUCCGCCAGUUUAUGAUGUCUUCUAUGAACUGUCUGACUCCUUUCAGGUUGUGGGACUCACCCUCUAGGGAUGAUAGUCCAGAUGCAUUGUUGAAAAGUGCAGCCAAAACCUUUGCAGGUACACCAUCCAUAUUAAAGAAAAGAAACCGAGAUUUGUUGUCGCCUCUUUCAGAUAAAAGAAUUGACAAGAAACUUGAGAUUGACAUGACAUCUACCUUGACCAAAAAUUUUUCCAGUUUGGAUGUCAUGUUUGAUGACAAUGAGACUAGGGAAGCAGGUAUGCCUUCUCCAUCUUCACUGCAAAAACAGAACACUAGUGCGUCCAUUGAAAAUGUUGAUAAAGAAAUUUGUAGACAAGCUCAUAAAGGGGAACAAGUAGAGGAACCAAUUAAAUCUGCAAUUUUGAAUGAAGAAAACAUUAAAAAAGAUACUGUUGACAGUAAUUCUAAGGAUAAUGUCAAGCAACAACCUCUUGAUUCGAAGAUGAAGCUUGCUGCUACUGCUGAGGUUCAGCAACAACCUUCUGGAGUUUUGGUUGAGCAUGAUAUGAAUGACCUGUCAUUGUAUUCUCCUGAUCAAGUUGGUUUAAAGUCAGACAAAAGUCUGAGUUCAAGUUCUAAAACACCCAAAAACUUGAACAAUAGGAGCUUGGAAGAAGCUCCAAAUUGUAGCGUCCCAUUGAAAUUAUCUUCUGAAAAUCCAUGCUCAAGGGUUAAGUCUCCUUGUAUUCGUGCAAAGGAGCAUGAAAAACUUUCAGUUUCUGUUACUCGUGUACAGGCUACAGGAGAGAAUUCAGGAGAUCAAACCAGAAAGGAUGGCAGUUUUGAACCAUGUAGCAUCUUUGGUGGAACACCUUUUAGGAAAAGCAUUGAAUCGCCUUCUGCAUGGAAAUCUCCUUGGUUCAUCAACACUUUUCUGUCUAGCCCAGGACUUGGUACCGAAAUUACAAUUGAGGAUUUUGGGUAUUUCAUUAGCCCAGGUGAUAGAAGCUAUGAUGCCAUUGGGUUGUUGAAACAAAUUAGUGAACAAACAGCUGCCACAUAUGCCAAUGCUCAGGAGGUUUUGGGAAAUGAAACUCCUAAAGGGUUGCCAGAAGAUGCCCCUGGAAACGACAAGGAUGGGUUCCAGGAAAAUAAUGAUCCUCCCAAUCAGCCUGGGAACCAUUGUCAGUUGGCUUCAAAUGCUUUGAUUGAGCGGCGCAUACUUGACUUUAGUGAAUGUGGAACACCGGGCAAGGAGGGCGAUAACAGCAAGAGCGAUAACAGCAAAGCCUCAUCUGUGAGCUUCUCAAGCCCGUCGUCGUAUUUGUUGAAGGGAUGUAGAUAGUUUGGUUAUCAAUUAGGACAAAAACUUCUUGUUGUAAGUUCUUCAUGUUGAAGUAUAUUAUAAAAAAAUAUAUAUAUAUAAUAUGCCAUUUUUUAUUAU